UUUCGCAGGCACUCUGAUUUGUUGGAUAAAAAUUCGACCUGCGGCUAUAACAGUGCCACCGACCACCAUAAACACUUACAACAUUUGAAGUCUGAGAACUUGCUACAAAAGGACGAUGACCUACCGCAAGUACCAACGCACCUUGAUAGUUCGGAGUUCAAUCGAAUUUUGCGGUAUAAAAGGUCGUAUGAAAAUAACGAUGUAAUUCGCGGUCCCUAUAAUGCCGACAAACAUUCUUCCUAUGUGGAAUUAGUUAUUGUGGUUGAUAAUAAGGUCUAUAAGUCAUUUGGUGAGAGUCCGAGAAAAGUGCAUCAGCACUGUAAGGAUUUAGCCAACAUCAUCAAUGCGUUGUAUGUUCCAUUGAAUAUCUUCGUUGCACUCGUGGGUGUGGUCAUCUGGAAUGAGUACAAUGAAAUCGAAUUCUCCAGCGAUGGUGAUUUAACGCUGCGCAACUUUCUCAACUAUCGCAGCACAAAACUGGUGCUGGACCAUCCGAACGAUAAUGCACAGCUGCUGACUAAGGAGCAAUUUAGCGGCGGCGUUGUUGGCAAAGCACUGAAGGGUCCAAUUUGUACGCACGAAUACUCUGGUGGCGUUUCCAAUGAGCACAGCCAAAUUGUUGCCGUUGUCGCCACUACAAUGGCCCACGAAAUGGGCCACAACUUUGGCAUGGAGCACGAUUCGUCCGACUGCAAGUGCCAAGAUGAAAAAUGCAUAAUGUCCGCUUCGUCUACCUCUGUGGUGCCAGUGCAUUGGAGCAGUUGCAGCAUUGACCAGCUAAAUAUUGCCUUCUCGCGCGGCAUGAACUAUUGCCUGCGUAACAAACCCACCAAGCUAUUCGAGUCACCGCAAUGUGGCAAUGGUUUCGUGGAGCCGGGCGAGCAAUGCGAUUGUGGGCUGCCCAACUAUUGCGAGAAUACCUGCUGCGACCCGCACACUUGCAUGCUGCACACGAACGCGUCAUGCGCCACCGGUGAAUGCUGUGAUUUGAGUACGUGUCGACCCAAAGCGGCCGGCCAAGCGUGUCGUGUGGCAGAGAACGAAUGUGAUUUGCCUGAAUACUGUACAGGCGAGUCGGAGUACUGCCCAGCAGAUGUGUUCAAACGUGAUACAGAAGAUUGUGAUGGCGGGCAGGCGUACUGCUUCCAAGGCAACUGUCGUUCGCACACGCAACAGUGUCGCAUACUGUGGGGACCGACUGGCGAGAGUUCAGAACACUGCUACGGGAAGAACACGGAGGGAAAACGUGGCGGUAAUUGUGGCUACGAUCGCAUCAACAACACUUUCAUACCCUGCGAAAAGGAACACGUGGCAUGUGGCAUGCUGCACUGUCGGCAUUUGAAUGAGCGGCUAGAAUUUGGCAUGGAGUCUGCAGCAGUGCUGUCGCACUCGUUCAUCAAUCACGAAGGCAAUAUUGUGCCAUGCCGCACUGCGCUCGUUGAUUUGGGGUUGCAAAGCACAGAUCCAGGACUCUCGCCAAAUGGUGCUAAGUGUGGGGAAGGCAAAAUGUGUGUGGACCAAAAGUGCCUGACGAUAGAGCGAGUACGUGCCACGGGGCUGGGUAAGCAGUGUCCUGAAAAUUGCAAUAGUAACGGUGUGUGCAACAGCCUUGGCAAUUGCCAUUGCCAUGUGGGCUACACGGGCGCAACUUGUCGCCUGCCAGGACCGGGUGGCUCCAUUAACAGUGGACCUGCAACUUCGCCUACCAGUCAUCAAGUCUUCCAGAACUUCAUGUAUAUCUUCUUCUUUGGCGUGAUACCGUUUAUGAUGCUCCUACUCUGGCUCACAUACUACAUUCGCAAUCGACGCUUCUUCCUUGGCGGCAAGCUGGCCGAGAAUAUCAUCAAGGCUGCCGGCACAAAACAACCUCCCACUCGUCCCGACCAUGGUCCACUUGGUGGUGGAGGCAGUGGUGGCGUUGGCGCGCACAGCCUGCCGAAGUCAACUCCCAGCAGUACUGAUGACAUGAACUCCGCGCUGCUCAAGUCCCCCAGCGACUCGAAUGACAACUCCGUUGGAAAUGGCAUGUUCGGCAAGUUUAAGGGAUUCACACUUCGUCCGCUUAAUGAUACAACUUCGCCCACUAACAAUUUCAAUGGUCCUAAUAUCGCUUACGUACAGCCCACCGUGCAGGACACAACGGCCAUGAAUGGCGGUGUACCACAACGCUCCGCGCCACCACCGCCACUGGUAAAAGGCAACUCGGUGGAUGUAGCUCAACCUAAUCGCUGGGCGCCACCACCACCCGUGGGUAUUGCAAAUGCACCAGCUUUACCGCCACCCAACCCCGGCUCGAAUGCGCGCCCGAUCAUUUCGAUGCCGGUGCUGGAGACCUCUACGUUGACGCUGCCACUUAAACAGUCGAGCGGUGAGAUGUCACCAACGCGUGCCGCACCGCUACCGCCUCCCAUGCACGCCGGUCAAUCCGGCUCUUUGCCGCGUCCCGCCCCGCCGCCACCUGUGCCUAUGCAUGCAGACCCGAAAUUGAAUAUAAAGCGUGAUGGAACCAUUCGACGCAUAGCAUCGUUUUUGAAAAAGGAGGAGAAACCGCCGUUAAAAGAGAAAACCUACAUUGAUCGCGAGAAGUUGAAGAAUAUCGAGAUAUCGGCACCGAUGCCUGUUGCUCCGCAAGGAGAGUCAUCUAAUUCGGAUUCUGAGACCACUCCCAAAGAGGAGGAAACGAAAAAUCUAGUAAAGCGUGCGCAAUCUAUGCGUUCGCCCACUAAGAAAACCAACGUGCAGACGUUCGGGUCGAUGCGUUAUGCACCAGGUACGGCGCGUCCAAAGAGUGUGGCGGCUGCCACCGCGGCUUCACGCCCCAAAAGCCCGCCUCCACGGCCUCCACCCCUAAAGAAAACUAAUUCGACGACUUCUUCUGGCUAUGCGCUGCCAGUUGCCACUGCCAAGUCUAGUGUGGAGAAUGCAUAUGACGACUGCGAGUUCGUCGAACAUCCUCUGACCACAGUAGGUGAGUCGAACGAAGCAGACUCACCCACUUCAACAGACAAUAUUUAUUCAGUAAUCGAUGAAAUACCCCCAGCAGCGCAAACGCUUAAGCGCAGCGAUUUCGUCAACGAAAGCAGUGAUUUGGGUUUGCUGGGCGAGAUUGUGAAUGAGAUUGAAAAGCGCAAUGGCGAUUCCAUCUACACUGCAUCAACGUUAGUGAAAAACAAACCGCUGUCCACGGAGGAGGUGAAAAAUACAACAGCGGAUUUGAAACCCAAACCAAAGCCCACAAUCGCCACAAGCGCGAAUCCGGAUUGCAAUGCAGCUGCGGAAGCGCCGAAAGCGCAUGCGAGCACAACGGCAGCAUCAGCACAAACAGUGCCUACUUACUUGCGCCCGACGCCAGUGAAUGCUCCAGUGGCGCGCGUAGCGCCCACACGCGCUGAUCUCUCUCCAAGCACAGCGUUCUCAAGUUUCAAGCCCACAACUUCAGCAGCAGCGGCGACAGCAACUGUCACCUCUAACAAAGCCACAACAGCUGCAUCCAACCGCCUCGGCGGCAACAACAGCAGCACAAACACAAACUCUGUGACAUCGAGAAACAAAGCCUUCAAUAAAACGGCGGUCGCCGCAAACUCAACAGCGACAACGCGUGCUGCCGCCACAGCCACAAGUAGCAGUAAUAGUACAGCACUGCCGUCCGCUACCAUCACAAAACCAAAACCGCUUUCAGCGAAGCCCUCGUUCAACAGCCAAAAGAAAGUAACACCCGCGCCAAGUGUUGGCGGCGGCACAGCAGCUGCCGCACGUUUAGCGGCUACAGGUACGCCACGCACCGCGCCCACCGUCAAGUCAGGGAAUAUAGCGUCGCUGACGCAACGUUUUGAAAAAGGUGCGACAGCAAAUACGAAAAAGUAAGAGCACGCUCAUUGAAUUUCUCCGCCGCUCUUCUAUGAAAAAGAAGAGGUAGCGCCUAAUUGGCAUUAGACCACAAAAAGGCCGUUCAAAGGCAACAUAGCCUAGGCAUGGCAUAAAGCGAUAUUGUAAUUUAUAUUGUAAUGAAAUUUAUUUGUGUAUGGAAAGAGAUAAGUUUACUAUGGAAAUUCGGGGGAUAUACAUAUGUACAUGCGUAUGUAUGUACAUACAUAUGUAAUUAAGCAGAAAAAUUAUUAGAAAAAAACUAAUUCAAUUCAAAAGUGAUAUUCAUUCCUUGGCAUAUUCUAACGUCGAACGAAACCAUUGUAGUUGUAUGUAAAUUGUACGAAUAUUGUGCGCCUAAAGAUAGUAGACUGUGUAUAAUACUAAUAUUCAAUUCAGUUUUUGUAAAAAGCAUUUUUUUUACUAUCAGCUUGUACGUUGUAGUUUAUGAAAAUCGUAAUUUUAAGCUCUGUACAUUUAUUUUAAAUUAAGUUAAAUGUGUGCAUGUGUUUGUUUGUAAAGUAUAGGUAUUUUUAUUCUCAAGUAUCUCAACGUAUGCAGAAUAUGAAUUCAGUGGCAAUAAUUUUAUUCAUACAACUCUGGUGCAAACAAAAUCUUUAGGGGUUUCCACCCCACAUUCAUUGGUUUGACCUAAUAAGCUCAUUUGCCCGAUUGCCAGGUCACUUGCUCAAUGUGGUGAAUACCCGCAUUAUUUUGUAACUUCUAUUUUUGAGCGAAACUUUUGUGCGGUCCUUGUGAAAAUAACGGCGAUUAGUUGCUUUAGAUCAUUGACGGGCACUGUCUUGCCCGCGGGCAAAUCUCUUUUAAGUUUGCUAUACAUUUUGAAUUGGCGCCUGUGGAGUAAAAGCUCAAAAGAGUUUUUCCCGCGGGUAAGGCAGUGCCCAUCACCGCUUUAGAACCAAGACAUAUUGGACUACUACUAGUACGACAGCUGUAAACCUAUACCGGCAUGCUUAAAAAACCAACAAAAAAAAGAAAUAUAAGCUCUUAAAACGGUGAAAGCUUCAAAAAACGGUAUAAGAAUCCUGGUAAGAACGUUAAAAACCGAUGAAACAUUUUCGGGCUUAUUUUGUUUUUAAUGACAAAUUACUUUUUUUAAAUGCUAGUGUUAAAAAUUCAAAUUUUAGUUUUCAUACUGAAAAUCUUUUAAUUUUAAAAUAUAAUUCCUGCAUAUUUGUUAAACAUCAAAUGAACGUGUCGAAAUUAAAAUUUUAAAAGUGCAUAAAUUUUAUAAUUUUUCUUACACAUUCGGAAGCUGCACUCAUAACUAACAUUGACAAUUUUUUUGCCUUAGUUAGGAACAAACUUUUAGGACUUUUUAUAUUAAUUUUCCAAAAGCAGUUAUUUUAAGAAUAAAAUUUUCCAAAAGCAGUUAUUUUUAAGAAUAAAAUUGGGGUCUCGAACUAGGUAAAUUUUUCCAAUUCCAAAAAAAAAGCUGAAAAAUAUUAAAAAAUUUGUAUGUAUGUACAUACUUCGAAAGCGCUUCAAUUUUAGACUCUCGGGAUUAAUAUCUAAAGCUUAUAAAAUUGACUGAUAAAAUUUCAAUAGAGUUUUACGCCGUCUCCGAACGUCGAAUGGCUUUUUUCAUGGCAGACAUACAUUCGGGGGGUUGCCAUUGCCUGACGAGGGUGACCGCUAUUAGAACAACCAUUAGUUAAUCUCAAAUUUUAAAGACUUUUAAAAAGUUUUUUGCUUCAAAAAACUUUGUUUUGCAAAUAUGACUUGAUCAGCUGAAAUAUUCGUAACCAUUAUUUUCCAUAUCCGCCAUUAAAUUUUAUUUGUAAUGAUAGUUAUGCUCAAAUACCCUUACGAGCCGUCUUACAUUUUAUUAUUUUGUGUAUUAGUAUUCAAAAACACUGCCUGCCCUUAUAAAAAUUACAAAUAAAUUUGGCAGCUUUUCACC